AUGGCUCCUUCAGCAGUCUCACCUCAGCAGCGACCCGUCGACUCGGGGGUCGCCCAGCCUCACGCCGGCAACUUCACAGGCUACGACCACGUAACGUGGUGGGUUGGCAACGCCAAGCAGGCGGCGGCCUACUACGUCAACCUCUUUGGCUUCAAGCACAUUGCCUACCGCGGCCUGGAGACGGGCAGCCGCUACUUUGCGUCGUACGUGGUGGCCAACAACGACGUGCGUUUCGUCUUCACGUCGCCGCUGCGGUCGGUGGCGCACCUUGGACCCGACGAGCCCAUCAGCCCCGAGGACAAGACGCUCCUCUUGGACAUGUACGCGCACCUGGAGCGGCACGGCGACGCCGUCAAGGAUGUGGCCUUUGAGGUGGACAAUGUCGAGGGCGUGUACCACAAGGCCGUCAAGGAGGGCGCCGUCGCGGUCCAGGGCCCCCAGCGCCUCCACGACGCCGAGCACGGCUCCGUCACGACGGCCGUCAUCCGCACCUACGGCGACACGACGCACACGCUCGUCAGCCGCGGCUCCUACUCGGGCCCCUUCCUCCCGGGCUUUCGGGAGGGCAAGAAGUCGACGGCCAGCGUGGCCCUGCCCGACGUGCGGCUCGCCCGCGUCGACCACUGCGUCGGCAACCAGGACUGGGACGAGAUGGUGUCGGCCUGCGCCUUUUACGAGCAGUGCCUGUCCUUCCACCGCUUCUGGUCCGUCGACGACAAGCAAAUCUGCACCGAGUUCUCGGCCCUGUCGUCCAUUGUCAUGGCCUCGCCCAACAACCUCGUCAAGAUGCCCAUCAACGAGCCCGCCGCCGGCAAGAAGAAGUCCCAGAUCGAGGAGUACGUCAUCUUCAACUCGGGCCCUGGCGUCCAGCACAUUGCCCUGCUGACGCCCAACAUCAUCGACGCCGUCACCGCCCUCAGGGCCCGCGGCGUCGAGUUCAUCAACGUCCCCUCCACCUACUACGACACCAUGCGCCAGCGCCUCAAGACGGAGAAGCGCAACUGGGAGCUCAAGGAGGACCUGGACACCAUUCAGCGCCUCAACAUCCUCAUUGAUUACGACGAGGGCGGCUACUUGCUGCAGCUGUUCACGAAGCCGCUGAUGGAUCGUCCCACUGUCUUUAUCGAGAUUAUUCAGCGCAAUGAGUUUGAGGGUUUUGGCGCUGGCAACUUCAAGAGUCUGUUUGAGGCGAUUGAGCGUGAGCAGGCUGAAAGAGGAAACCUUUAA